AAUCUUCUCUCUCAUUAACUCACAUACUGCUUCCAGAACCUUCUCUCUCGCUAACUCACAGACUGCUUCCAGAACCUCUUUCGAUCGCAUCUACAAUCUUUGAUCUCAUAGAUCUCAUUUCUACUUCCCUGUAGUCUGAUCCAUUUAUCAAAGGAAAUGGCGAAGGCUGUUGCUGUCCUGGGUUGCAGUGAGGGUGUUAAGGGCACAAUUUACUUCGUCUAGGAAGGAGAUGGUGAGCAAUCUUUGGAAAUACUACUUCUGGAACGCUAAGUACCUGUCAAAUCCCGAAGCAAUCUUGUGUAGAGCAUGUGUAGAUAAUUGGAGUGCGAAGGCAAUCACAAGGAAGACAACUGGUAUUGGAAGGAUGAAAUAUCUCCCUCAUAUGCCACAAAGGUUCAAGAACAAUUUCAGAGAAGGUACUGAAGCAGCACCAAGAAAGAAGGCUGCAACUGUUUAAAUUGAAUUGUUUCGUUUUAGCUUCUGGAGUCUUAUGAGGGUUUCUUAAAACUUAAUUGUUGAACCACAAGACUUCUUUGGAUGCCUUUUGCUUUUUUAUGUU